CUCUGAAUCUCAUACAAUUACAAUUACUUGCAUAAAAUUCUUGUCAUUUUAUUGUAUACUUUUAUUUGAAACUAUUAUUAAUAUUCACAAAAAUGCCACACGGACACUCGCAUGAUCAUGGCCGCGGUUGCAGCCACGAGGCAACCGAUGUCGACAAUGCACUGGAAAUGGGCAUCGAAUACAGUUUGUAUACAAAAAUUGACAUCGAGAAUACGGAAUGUUUGAAUGAGGAAACCGAUGGCAGUGGCAAGACCGUCUUCAAGCCCUACGAAAAACGUUUGGAUAGCAGUAAGUUUGUGCAAAGCGAUGGUGAUGAAGAACUCCUGUUCAAUGUACCUUUUACCGGCAACAUUAAGCUGAAGGGGAUUAUCAUCCGAGGGUCUAAUGAUAACACACAUCCAAACAGGCUUAAACUCUUCAAGAACCGACCAAAGAUGACAUUUGAUGAUGCACGUGGCAAAGCGGACCAGGAGUUUGAAUUGACGCGCGAUUGUCGAGGAGAGGUUGAAUACUCACCCAAAGUGGUGACAUUUUCCUCUGUACAUCAUUUGUCGCUGUAUUUCCCUAGCAAUUAUGGCGAUGAUGUUACGCGUAUUUACUAUAUAGGUUUUCGUGGUGAGUUUACGGAGGCCCAUUUCCAUGGCGUAACCAUUUGCAACUAUGAAUCCCGUGCCAAUAUAUCCGAUCAUAAGGAAAAAACCUUCGAUGGAGUGGGUCGGGCCAUACAAUAAACGAUUAUGACUGAAUAUGUAAUACUUACAAUGCUGUAAAUUAAACUUGUACAGAUUAUAGAAAUGGGAAUGUUUAUUUAA